GCCUUGACUGACAGAACGACAGAUCAGUCUGCAGUACCUGUGUGAUAGUGGAAUUGAAUCUAGUCAAUAGAUUAUGUGUGUCUUGUAGCCUAGAUUAGAUUAUGCAUAAGCAAAAGGUUGUACAAAACAAAGCGAUCUACUGAAUCCUGGCAAAUCUGGUGCUAUGAAGUAGGCUACAACGUAUUUGUUAUCGUUGCCUAGGAUAACGUUAGCUAGUUGUACAUACAGACUGGAUAUUCGGAAGUGUUUUGGAGAACCUUAACUAUAUACGGAAAUGCGAUUUCAUUGAGGAGGGAAACGUUAAUAACGGAUCACGCUGGGUUUCGUCUGAUCACAACAUGGGUCUUCCGUUGGCGCUUGACUGGCUCGCUACUUGCCUGUGGUUGACUGUUCAAUGUGUGGGUUCCUCGCCGCCUAACCUGAUCCUGCUGUUCGCGGAUGACUUGGGCUUUGGGGACCUGGGCUCCUACGGACACCCGAGUUCCCUGACGCCAAACUUGGACAAACUGGCGGCUCAAGGACUACGAUUCACAGACUUUUAUGUGACCAGCCCCGUCUGCAGCCCGUCAAGGGCCUCCAUUCUGACGGGACGCUACCAGACUCGCUCAGGGAUCUACCCUGGGGUUCUGUACCCCGGCUCCAGAGGGGGGCUCCCCCUGAACGAGACCACCAUCGCAGAGGUGCUGAAGCCCCUGGGGUACAACACCGCAAUGAUGGGCAAGUGGCACCUGGGGGUGGGCCCCAAUGGCACCUACCUGCCCACGCGCCAAGGCUUCGACUCUUACCUGGGCAUCCCCUACUCCCAUGACAUGGGUCCCUGUCACAACCUGACCUGCUUCCCUCCUGAUGUGAAGUGUUUUGGUUACUGUGACCGUGGCGUGGUGACGGUUCCUCUGAUGCACAACGAGGUCAUCAUACAGCAGCCAACUGACUUCCUGGAGCUGGAGACGGCCUAUAGCAAAUUUGCUACUCAUUUCAUCAGGGACUCGGCCAAUAAGAAGCAGCCAUUUUUCCUCUACUACCCCUCUCAUCAUACCCACUACCCCCAGUAUGCGGGGGUGGGGGCCGCUGGGCAGUCCCUCAGAGGGCCCUUUGGAGACGCUCUGCUGGAGCUGGACUCUACAGUGGGACACAUCGUACACACACUCAAGGACACGGGCCUCAUCAACAACACACUCAUCUUCUUCACCGCAGACAACGGGCCAGAGUUAAUGCGUAGGUCUCACGGCGGUAACGCUGGCCUCAUGAAGUGUGGCAAAGGCACCACCUACGAGGGCGGCAUGAGAGAGCCGGGCAUCGCCUACUGGCACGGGCGCAUCGCACCAGGGGUCACUCAUGAGCUGGCCAGCUCUCUGGACAUCCUGCCCACCUUCGCUGCCUUGGCAGGGGCUCCUCUACCCAAGGUGGCCCUGGAUGGCUUUGACAUGAGGAGGAUCCUGUUCCAUGGCGGCCCAAGCCGGAGGAAGGCCAUGUUUUAUUACCCAACAGACCCCAGCGAGAAGUACGGCGUGUUUGCAGUGAGGUCGGGCAAGUACAAAGCUCAUUACUACACAAGAGGGGCAACGCACAGCGACACGACCCCCGACCAGGACUGCCACGUCACCUCCUUCCUGAAGCAGCACGACCCCCCGCUGCUCUUUGACCUGGAGGCCGACCCCUCGGAGACCUACAGCCUGGCGGCAGACGGACACCCGGAGGUGGCCGCGGUGCUCCAGAGGAUGCAGCAGCUCAGGGAUGACUUCCAGGCCGGCAUGGAGUUUGGGGAGAGCCAGAUGGAGAGGGGCACUGACCCUGCACUGGAGCCCUGCUGCAGGCCCACCUGCUCCCCCAAACCAGACUGCUGCCGCUGCUGACGCAGGGGGGGGGGGGA